AUGCCGAUUCGCCGCGGACGUUUUGCCCCACAGAACACUUUUCUAGAGACGAUCGCACAGAAAUUCGACCGAGGCAGUGAGUGACUAAAUAAUGUACCAUUCUGUUAUUGUUUAGCAGUACGCUAUAUUGUCAUUCAGCCAAAAGCCAGCGUUGCAGCUACAAUUUAACGACAACUUAGAAAUGCAUUAAAUUUAGUCCGGUCGCAUCAGUUUUAUAACUGGUGCUUAUUGCCUGACCGAUUAUUAGUAAUAACACUUGGUAUUUCCUGCGUGUCCUUAGAUAGUAACUUUGUCCUCGGUGGUGCGCAAGAAAAGAACAACUACCCUAUAGUGUAUUGCAGUGAUGGCUUCUGUGAACUCACGGGCUUUUCGCGAAGCGAACUCAUGAGGCGAAGUUGUGGUUGUAAUUUUUUAUACGGCUUGGAGACAAACCAGGACGACAUAACGAGCAUACAAAAAGCCUUUAAGGCGCAAGUGGAACUGAAGAAGGAGAUUAUGUUCUACAAAAAGAACGGUGAGCGUAUUUUUCUUACUUUUAUUAUCGGUUCAUAAUAAUCUUACGUCAACUAUUCUGGCAGCAUUCGACGUAACACUGAGGCGUUGUUAGACUAAGGCACUUAGUUUAAUGAAAAAAGAAUCGCGCGGUAAUAUUUGUGGACAAUGCUCGGCGACACUAUUUUACUCACUGACGAGUUAAACUUUCACUUUCUUUCAUUUAUCUUCUUGGACGGGCUCACGCAGAAAACGUAUUUUUCUUCUGACUCUUUCUAUCGGAAGUUGCAAUUAAGUCUGGGCAUUCAAUGGCUAUAAUACCUUCAAACAACAAAAAACAACUUAGAAAAAAUUUACAUAAGGAGUUAUAAGCACAUUAUUCGAACUGACGAUUUCAUCGCCAAAAACUCUAACUGGCGAGAUAAAGCUUAAUCUGUUACAGGCAUGUUUGAAUGCAAAUCUCUUUGUCGUCCUCCGAGGACCGUUCAGUUCCAUAAAACGCACGAAAUAUGUGGUCAAACGACAAACACAGUUCUAAAAUUCUUCCUUCAACUGAGCACCAAACACAAGGUCAUUAACAUAAAAAAUAAACCUAACCUUCUGUUUUGAAUUUCGCUGACCAGAGGAAUAUUCUUGGUAAAAUUAAACAUAUGCAACAAAGGAUCAUCCCCAAUUCACCGUAAAUUCAUAAAUUUCCUAUAAAAGAUUAUAAUUCUUGGCAAGAAAAAAACCUUUACCAAGUAACUAUAAUGAUUGUCCAAGAAAAAUCUGAAAAUGAUGUAAUAUAUCGGUUUACAAUUUACAUGUAUGGAAAUGUUCCUGUGUUCAUUUUUAUUUCGCUUCUUUACAGAUUUCCAAUUAUCGAUUAGCAAAAACCCACAGAAAGGUCAUAAAUUUCAGAUCAUUUCCCCUGUCGAACAAUACACUUUAGCGAAACUAUGAUGAACAUAUUCAAAGCAUUUUUGAGAACGGCUGUAACACAAUGGCGUUUAAUACGUCAAGGGAAAUAACUCGCAUUUCUUGUAACUCUACCGAAAUCAAAACACCUUUACCAUUGACUCAAUUGUGAUAACAAUUUCGUUCAACACAUGUUCCUUGCUUCGGUCGAAAAUUAAAGCACUAAAAAAAAUAACUCAAUUUUCUGAGAUGACGCGUCAACGAACAGCUAAAAGCCUCGAGUUUUAUUUCGACGGAAAAAAACAUUCAUUCAAGUGAAAUCCAAAACAUGAUUUGUCAACUCAAGGUCAGAGGCAGACUUUGCAAAACAAUUGCACAGCAGUCUCUGAGUAUCAGCCUAACAGCGCAGCACAUUUUCCCGCAACACGUUGAUUUGUUCAAACGGAAUACAAAACCCUUGAGAUCGAGCUGAAGCGAACUCAAUUCAGCGCUCACGGAAAAGUCACGAACAGAUAUCAGCCAGAUUUCAUUUUUGUACGGGCACGCCAAAAUUUCUUUAUCUUUUCACCAUGUGUUCUUCUAAAAAAAGUGACAAUUUUCAACACGGAUAACGAUUCUGCACUGAUCUUAGAAGCGCGACCCAUAACGUAUCAUAUCAUAACAUGUCCAGAGACAUGACGGGCUGUUUGGUUUCUGAAGUCCUGUGUCAAUAUCGCACGAACAAAAGGGAUCUGAUGGUUAUUCACCACUUCAACCAACAACCUUUGGUUAGAAAUCGACGGAUGAUGUUAGACUCUAACGUAACUCCCCGCGAAGACGUCGAGAUAACCCGUUGUAACGAAAUACGAGAUUUAUUUCCGAGGCAAUACCAGCAAGUUUGACGUAAAGAGAUACAAGCCACCACUUAAACCGAGGGCUUUCUUUUUAAUUUUCAAUCGAUCAAUGACGAUAGAUGUUACUCACGAGCGGGGAAUAAGUUCUUCGUCAGAUAUCGUAAAGUGAAACCGUCAAAGGGGCGAUACGAUGCUUAUUUCCCGGACGAUGUCGAACAUCUGAUAGAAAACAACGAGUAAAGAUGCGAACAAAGUUCAGGCUUCGCAAACAAGUAAAUUGAACCAAAUUUGUGUGCGUUUCUUCCUAAUGAAGAACGAAUAUAUUUUGGACAACAUUACGCACGUCGAGAAAAAAAUUCAGACUGGCUCACCUACAAUGAAAAUGUUUGUAAAACGUUUAGCGCGUUGAUGUCUAAAAGAAAACUGUUUUUUUUUUGUUUCUUUUUCCAUAUAAUUUUUUCCAUAACAAUCUGUUCGUGCAUGUUACGCUUUUCGUUGCCAACACGAGCUGUGCAAGUAAAUGUGGAUUUGACAUUAAGUCCAUUCGUUCAAAUCAGUAAUGAUUCCCUCUGACUACUUUUGUAUUUUAGGGGAAUUUGUUUUCUAAUUGUUUAUCAAGGGUUGGUCUUUGGUUCGGCCUGGUUAGUUACACUAAGGAACCGACAACGCAUUUAUUGCUUUAUGAAUACCGAGAGCACUCCAUGUAAAAAAAAACCUCAGGAAUAAUCAGAUAUCCAAUACAUUACCCAAAAGGAAAUAUUGAACGGAUACCAGAACCAAAAAAAUUUGACAAUAAGCUGAAUUGUACAAAUUGUACACGCUAAGUUUUAAAUAAAAAGUAUUUUGAGUUUAAUUUUCCUUGACGAAAGUCGCUGGUAAAUCCAUUUUGUUUCGUUGCAUUAUGUAGACUGAUUGUUACAUUGUAGUAUCUAAGUUUGCUAAUCAAACGGGAAAUACAUCACUUAUGGUGAAGAUUUAAUUGUAUCUGCCGACCGCGAACGAGAGAUCCAUGAGUGAUGUAGAUGUAAAAAAGGUCGCUUGUUAGCAAGGAAACCUAAAGCAAACAACGAAAUGAUUUUGCUGCGUUUAGUCAACAGAUCUAGCAAAGAAACGCCCUCCACAAGCUUAGGUUUUACAACAGGCAUAUCAAAAAUGACACUUCGUCAUUAACAAGAAACGCCAGCGAUCGCAAAAAUAGUCUCGACGUCACUAAACCUAUUCGGUUCUUUUUAAUUCUUCCUGAAAAAAUUUUAAUUAAUUUGAAUUGUUUUCCCUACAGCCUUUAUGCUUAUUUCAAUAACACGAUAGAGCUGGCGUUUAAGUGCGAAUUGCAAUAAAAAAGGGACAGCCACUUUACCUAAAAUAUACACACACUUCCGCGAAAAAUAAAGAGAAGGCAAAUCUUUUGAAAACUGCGAAUGGGCUGUACGAGAAACUUAUUUCGGAGACUCAUUUCAUACUGACAUUUUGUGCAAAUAUCUGAACAAAGCGCGGUUUCCCAAACGCAAUUGUUAGCUUGUAAGGUAUUUCAACAUCCGUCUGUAAAAAAAGAAUUUACAGGUUUUCUUGAAUUUAUUUUCAUGUCACGAAUAUUCUCAACGUAAAAAAAAAAAAAGCCUUCUUGAUUUUUUUGGCCGAGAAGCGCAAUAUUUCAGCGAAAAUUAUCACUUUGUGAAUAGGAAAUCGCUACGCUUAGUAUGAGUCUUAUACAAACAAUUGAAGAGCUGAAAUAAAUCUGACUCCUUUGUCUUCUCCCCACCGAUGUAAUUACUGCUAUGAUUCCUUUUCAACGAACGACAUCAUAUAAGCCGCUUACAUUAUAUUGCGACCACUUAAAACUCUCUGUUAAAAGCCGUUAAUAAUGAAAAAUAGCUGUAUCAUUAUACAACGUGCUUUGCACUCAGUCGUCAGCCACAACACAACAACGCAGAGCUCUGUUUUAUCAUUCGUAUUAUUAUUAUUUCUGUAAUGGUAAUUUAUUCGAGUAUUCCGUUUCGCCUUUUUCAUUAGUGCGCGGAAGCAAUUCGUUCUAGUAUCGGAAACGCGUCGGCUAAAAGCGAGUACAUUCUCCAAUUUGCACCAGACGACAGUUGUCGCGCUUUGCGGUGAGAACAUUUCAAACUGUAAUUGCAAAAAAUACGUGCGGUGGUUAUAUUUUUCUUUUGGUGUUAAUACCCGUGUUUGUCCAGACUCAAGUAAUUUACAGCGCCAUGCAAAGAGAAGGAAAGAUUUCUGUUGUGAUAAUGAAAAUGAAAUGGGUAUAGCUUCUUACGACCCUGUGGGGUAAGCAAUUAAAAGUAAGCGAUUACUCUGGCAUUUUCCCAGAGAUAAGUCUUUUUACUAUUCACUGAAGAGUAAACUUUCGUAAACGAAGCCGAAGUAAGGGGAUUUUCAUGAUUAAAAGUGAACAUUUUCCAAUUCGUCCUCUAUUCGAGUGAUAGCUCCAGCGAAAGAAAGGUAGAAGACCGUGUAUAUGAAAGAUCCCAUAAUCAAAUUAUUCUUCUGAUUCAAAGCGGAUGUAUGAAAACACUUCUUUUAGCGAAAUUUCCUUUUUCCUUUUUUUACUGAGGAGAAAGAUAUCAUCCACAUUUUGAAUUUUUGGACUUUUCACGAAUCAGGAAGGUAUGAAACUUGUGACUUUAUCCUGGAAUUGAGCGUAACACCGCCUACAAGACUAAAAAAAAUUGAAAAACUUUGUUGUGCAGUGAGCGGAAGAAACUGUUGUAAAAGAAGCCGAAGUAAAGGGAUUUUCAUGUUUCAAAGUGAAUAUUUUCCAAUUUCUCCUCUAUUUACAGUGAUAAAUCGAAAGAUAAAAGACCGUUUAUACGAAAGACCCCAAAAUCAAAUCAUUCUUCUGAUUCAGAGCGAAAUUUAGUAGAAAUUUCCUUUUUGCUUCCUUACAAAUGAUAGCUUCCAAAACACGAAUAUGAAAUAAAAGGAAAAACAAAUUUGAACGAUGACAAAGCAAAUAUUCCAUAUCUUUUACGAAUCGAAAGUAUUUAGCAUAUUCUUUUCGCAAAAUUAAAGGUAGCUUUUGUUUCCAAGCUUCAUCCUAAUGAUAGCUAGCAAGCACAACAAAACAUGAGGUGCCAAUUCCUUUUAGCAGCUCCGUCCGUAGUAACAGAAUGAUACCGAAAUUAGUUAAAACUAAUCUGGCUGACAAUCGCAAUACUUCUAAACCAAGGCAUGAGCCUAUAAAUAAGUAUCAUUUGACAGAUUUCUAUUUGUUUUUAAUUCAGAAAAACCGUAGAGUGCAUCACAAAUUUAUAAACCGUUAGGGGGUAGUAGCUAAGAGGAAAAGCAACGCAAAUUGGAACAAAUAAAAACAGAGAAUAUCUCUCCAGAAAAGCGAUGUUCCAGAUAGGAAGUUGAAUUAAGUAGUUACUUUUUAAAAUAUCAGAAUUUUCAGCACUUUCUCUCCGCUCUCGUAAUUUAAAACUUGUCCCUGGCAUUUUGUAAACAAAUUCACAAUGCAUUAAAACAAAAAGGAAGAAAUCAAAAUAGCCUUAGGGAACAAAUGUCGGAGCCAUUUUUGGGCAGCUUGCAUAUGUAUAACGUUAAAGAUUCAUAAAGCCUAGACGUUUUUUUCCCGUUGUUUCUCUGUAACAUCCCACUCAUUUAUGUCGCCGGUAAGUUAUUUGCAAGAUAACAUCAAAAGAUAUUUAAAUUAACUUUUGUGAUAAGGUACUGGUUGCUUGGCACAUUCAGUGUAAACUGACGACAACUACUCUCUUUAAUUGUCAGUUCUGACGCGACGAUACGCAGCAACGUGGGAGCUUUAAAGGAAAUUUGAAUUUCUACAUUCUUCUUAUAACAGCCGUCACAUCUUAACGAUAUAUUCUCUUCUUCUUUUACUUCGCGGCCUUUUUCAGUGAGAUUGCGUAAUAAACUCAAAACAGAACCUCUCAUUACUGCAUCAGUGAAUAAGAACGAAAUGGUUUUCUUCUAAUUCAUACAACAGUAAUUUAAAAUCAGUAUGGCACAGUGCCUAAAACAAUGCGAUCGUUAUCGACCUGUUCACAUGCCCAUGAGUAUAUUUUGAUUGCUAGGAGAUAUCGUAAUUAUUAACGGUCAAGAACAAAAAUCUCUCAAAAGCAAAAGUAAUAGAUGGUUAGUCGGCGGGGGGGUUUAGCUGACAUUAAAAACCAGACAAUCAAUCGACUUAUAUUGAAAGAAUGACCUACCAAUUAAUUAUUCUUAAGCUACUGGAAAUAAUUUUUAUUGCCAGAAGAAGAAUGGAAAAAGAAACAUUUAUUGGUCAAAGCAAGCGGCGAGGUGCAGUAAUUUCUUGCAAUUAAAUAAUGCUAAAAAUGGGUAUGAUGAAAACCAUCACCCAAAAUUUCAUUCUCGCGCCUGUUAAGAAAAUGUACAACGAUAAUCGACAACUGUACAUUCAAAUUUUUGAUUGCAAAGAGAAAGCUUUUUCGCAAUUUUUUUUUCAUUUAACGUUGUUCAAACCUAAAGGCACAGACAGAUAUCUCCAACCCUGAACACGAAAGGUAUUUUUCCCCUUAUUUUUCUCUCACAAAAAAGAGGCUGGCUUUCAAUUCUUAAUUCUACUAUGUCCUUUUCCAAAGAUAAACAUCUUUCACAGUAUACUAAAUCGCCUGCAGCCUCUUAAUUCUUUUUAAUUCCAAAUUUCUAGUCAUCGAUUGCACUAAACCUAAUCGACCUCAGACGCUGAAAAUUGUUUCUUAAUUUUCUCAUGGCAGCCACAACUUUACAAUACAACAAAAGGUUUUUUCCAAUUUGUUCAAAACGUCAGAUUGAAGUAAACACUAAUUUGAACGCUUGCAUGACUUCUGCCGACGACCACAUUAACUUUCCUUUGAUUGAGAAAAUAGUUGGGGGUAAUACUGAAGUUAGAUGCGUUUAAUGGAGCUAGCUCAAACAAGAGAAAAUCAAUCAACGACAGCACGUGGCUUAAAUUAAAAUUUUAAGAAUGGAACCUGUUAACCGGUUAAGAUCGACGACGUUUGUAGCAAGGGUCACAACAAUAGACGCUAUCGAUUUGCAUGUGAAGGCGGAGGGGAGGUUGGGAACCGUUAACUUACAAGUGCUAGUCAGGUCUCAUGUAAAUUGCCAUUCACUGUCGUUUGCGAAGUCCCCUACUUCAUUAUCAACACGGAAAGCUGUGAGACUGUCUAAGAGAAUUCGUUUUUAAAAUCAAAGCUUCUCAGGCUGACGAUCAUUUCCUUUUAUUAUUCCCAUGAUCUACAUGAACGAUUCUGUUGUAUGUCUGUAAGAAGAAAUUAGAUGCUGGUUUCUUUUAGGGUUUAAAGGGUUAGACAGUCUCUUUUAAAAAUAUAAGCUGUCUUAUUCCUCCUUGAGCUAUUUUAAUGUACAAAGCUUACGUAAUUCACGAACUAAACCAUUUUCAUUUAAGACACGCACGUUACAUAUACAGCUGCAGUUCAUCUCAUGUUUCCAAUUAACAACCCCCACUGAAAAUUUCUACGCCUACGAAGAGACAAAUGAAUUAACCAAGUACUUUACAAUAAGCCCCUAUGUCUUUAAAACACGAAGAUCUGACAAGCCCUUCAAGUAUUCAAUUCGCAGCACGCCAUCACAGUGUAAUAACGUAAUUACACGACUCCACGCUUAUCUGGACCGCCUCAGCGGUAAAUAACAAUGGCGCCAUUGGAUGACUAAAAUUUUUCCUGAAAAGAAUAUUUUCCGGUAUUUUAGGUUAGGGUAAUAACCAAUCAAGGAGCAUUAUUCAUGUUCAGCACCAUGAAAAGCCACUUUAUCCAAAAGUUUAUUGCAACGUCGCCAGUGAGUCUGAUUAGGGAGGGAAUAACUCAAUACUCCUAAUUACGCCAAAAAAAUUCGGCGUCUUAAAAUCCCAAAACACAAUUAAAAGAGGGAAGUAACAGCGUCGAAGAUAUUUGUAGUUCUCCGUUUUAUUUACCACUCAGCUUGGGGCCGACUUAAAAACACUAUCAGUUGUUUACAAAACUCAUUAAAAUUACACUGAAAAAAAACAACUUUUGAAUGAACUAUAGAUCACAUAGCGCAAAUUAGGAAAAACGUGACAGUUAACCACUUUGGAACGGAUAGCUUUUAAGGAAUAAGUUGCUUGAAAAAUUUUUGGUCCUCUUAACGUCUCGAGUCAUCGUCUAAUUGAAAAAUUUUAUGAAAUUUAACCCCCUUUAAAAAAAAUUUAAAUUUUAAGUCACACCUGCAAUAAUUUGUCUAAUAUUUAAAAAGCCACAUGAAACCAAAAGGAAUUUAGGCAAACCUACAAGGCAAUAAAUUCACUCAUAAAAUAAAUAGACAAAAAGGAAAGAGCUUGAAACGGACAGAAAAGCUAAAAAAAUGAAAUUAGGCUUUUACUAUGAAAAGAGACAGUGGGCAAUGGUUAUUGAGAGCAUCACCAAAAUGUUCAAACUGUUUGGGAACUUACAGGUGAAAGUGGAAUUUCAAAAAUGAACAAGGUGUUUUACAAUUAGAAUAUUGGCUCAAUUCAAAAUAAAAAAAAAGGCAGUGAGAUGUUAAAUUGUGUUGAAAACUACCAAUUGAGAUUUAAAUCGAAAUCAAUUUAAAUGAAAAUUAAAGAAACACCAGGUCUAGUUUAAACAUGAUCUCAGAUUUAAACAUUCAAAACAAAGAAAUGUUUUCAUAAAAAUAUUUUUUUCUAUUUUAUACUCUCAUAAACUUCAGAAAAUUUUUGAUCCCAAAAAUAUGCAGGAUGUUUAAUACACACAGUACUAUUUAAACCUUUCACUCCGAAGGUCAAAUUAAUAAUUCUCCUUACAGUCUGACAUAUGUUCCUAUAAUGCUAGUUUGGAUAAUUUGGUAUUCGAUCAACUAAUAAUCCCCUAAUUUACAAUUUUUCUCUAUUCUUGUCACUUGUAUAAAUAUUGUAAGGAGAAAUUCUAUUUCAGUGACUCAUGGGUGUUGAAGGGUUAAAUAACUGAUUCACAGGGUGUGCAUGACAUGCAGUUUGUUAUUCAGCUAUGUUAAGGAAAAAGAAGGAAGUUUGAAAUAACUUCUUUAUUAUGGCCACCAAAGAAAGAAUUCUUCUUCAGAUAACAUCAACACACUCGCUUUUCUGAUUUCUGUUUUGUUACUGCUUGGAAAUUUAAGAUUUGGAAUUCACUGUAACUUGUCUUUUUUGUAGUUUUUCAAUCUUGUAUGUAAAACAUCUUAUUAUUUUGUAUUGAUGCCUUGAAUUAUCUUAUAGGAUCCCCAUUUUGGUGUUUAUUAGACAUUGUUCCAAUCAAGAAUGAGAAAGGCAAUGUGGUUCUUUUUCUUGCUUCACAUAAAGACAUAACUAAGAGGAAGAUUAGUGGAGAAAUCCCCGAGCAGGAUGUGGGUAUGAAAGUUGAACCAGAGCAAGAGCCUCUUCAAAUGAACCUGGUCCCUCUCCACCUUGUAAAAAUGUUUAUCUUUUCAUAUCAGAGCUACUGAGAUCUUGGGAAAGGGGUUGAGAGGGUGGAGAACAACAGGAUAUAAAUUUCCCAGGAAAAAUACUGAUAUUGAUCCAGAGUGAUAAUAAGGAUGAAAAUUUAUAGCCUAAAAGAGGGGUAAAGGUUUCUUCUCUAACCUCUCCAUUCCGUUUUUUUUGGGAUCAUCGAAGAGGCCCUUGAUACCUGGUUAUACUAUAUAAGAAUGUACGUAAGAAAAAGGUUGGUAGGACCUGGUAUUCAAAGUGAAAGCCAUGUACGUAGGCAAAAUUACUUAUACAGGUACAGAAAGAGAAUGAUUCAUAAAUUAUCUGCAAUAAUUCUCAUCCUCAUUUGACACUGGCAAAAUAUAUACUCAACCACUUGCCAAAUAACUGUUUUGGUUGGACACGGUGGAUAUUAUUAAUACACUUAUACCUCUAAGCUACGCUACAAAAAAUACUGCAGAGAUGACACUUACCUAUUCACCAGGAUCAUGACCUCUAGAAUCUUUCAUAAUACGUCCAGUCCAAAUAAAGGUCUAUAUCUUCCGCCACGCUCGUCCGCCAUGAUGGUUUUGGGGAAACUCCACUGAUCGCUCAUUAUCCCGGAAGUUUACAUUCGGACUGGACUUAAAUUGAAUUGGACUGGAUUUGGACUGGAUUGGAAAAUUACUGACUUCUUACAAUAACAUCCAAUUAAACACAAUGGCUUCUCAAAGUGGGACAGAAACUAAGUUAUUCGCUGGGAUGCUAGGACCUAAUGAAGUAUCACUGAUUUUUUGUUUUGUCUGUGUGUUUUUUUGUUUGCUUCUUUAGCUUCCGUUUCGGGUGGCACUGAAAAGUUGAGUAGGUCUCGUUCCAGGAAAUUCAGCAGAGAUGUUCUUCUUCACUUGUCGAGACAAUAUGCGCAGAGUACUGGUCCUGCGAACAAAGCGAAUCCACGAAGACCUAUUAAGAGAGCGCGAGUGAGUAAAGAAUAAUCCCCGCUAGUAAAACAUUUCCAGGGUUCCAGCUUGGUUAAACAUUUGUAAAUUCGAGAUGAACUUACAAAGAUAAACGCAACUAAAUAUAAGUUUAAAGAAAAUAGAGGAAAAGAGAAGUUUUGCGGUAAAACCACAAAGGAAAGGAACAACUAAGUGUCGGCUGGGAAACGAGAGAAAUCAUUGCACUAACAAAAAUGUGACAAACCGAAAAGCCUGACAAAAUAUGAUCGAUUCUUGAUGCGGAAAACGAAGUGAAAAUUUAAUUGACCAACUAAGGAUUGGAAGAAGAGGGGAGGGAUGCAUGGGUUAAAAGAAACACUCGCUUUUCUGUGGUCCCCCUUCUAAUAUUCUGUUAGUGACAGCUGAUCCCCCCUCCACUCCCCUGAAAAUCAUGAGAUCUCCGACUCUACCCCUGCCGCGGGCGAUAGACAAUGGCCGAUCCCUGAUACAGCAAAGAAAGUGAUGGGAAUAAAAAGACAACAGAAAUAUUCACCAAACGCACGAGAAAAAAAAGCUGACAAAACGUUGUAAGGGGAUGGGUGAAAAGUAACAAAGUGUAUAUUCGAUUGAGUCCGUUACAGCAAAAAAAAUUAAAUUCUUAAGUGUCUGAGCAACUGCACACUCACUUACCCCUUCCCAGACCCAACUAUCAUCUAGGUUACUAACAUUGAUCGAUCUAUUUGAAGAAAACAGUCUAUGCAUACUAUGCUAUGCAUCAUACUAUACUAUGCAUCGUACUAUGCUAUGCAUCAUACUAUGCUAUGCAUCAUGCUACACUAUGCAUCAUACUACACUAUGCAUCAUACUACACUAUGCAUCAUACUGUACCAUACAUCAUACUGUACUAUGCAUCAUACUAUACCAUGCAUCAUACUAUACUAUGCAUCAUACUAAACUAUGCAUCUAUGCAUACGUUCUCUUUGUAUAGAUGCAUUAACUUUUUGCUUUGUUAUUUUUCUUUCUUUCUUUUCAGUCGUUUUCGUUUAAUUCCGAGCGACUACCUCAAUACAAGCGAGAGACAGACAAGAAAUCAAAGUUUCUUUUUCUACACUAUAGUAACACCAAAGGAUUCUGGGAUUGGUGGAUACUCAUCUUGACAACCUAUAUUGCAAUCAUGGUCCCUUAUAACGUCGCUUACAGGAGAAACGAUCGGAAAAGGGACCUAAUUAUAUUUGAUAUGGUUAUAGAGUUAUUUUUUAUUAUGGACAUCGUGGUUCACUUUCGUACUUCCUUCGUGGACCCAAGUGGACGGAUUAUAUAUGACCAGAAAAAAAUAGCGAUUCAUUACCUUAAAGGAUGGUUUGUUUUGGACUUUCUGGCAGCAUUGCCAUUCGAGGCUUUAUAUUUUGUCAAUCAAACUUGGGUAAGUAAAGCAUUUAUGUCGUUUGAUAACGAUCCAUAUUAAGUGCGGUGGAGGUAAUUCCUACCACGCUCAGAUACCAACGCGUAUAUGAUAUUACAGAAAGCAACAAAAAGAGUUCAGGACUCAGGCAUCGAAGCUGAUAGAGUUUGGAAUUUAUUCACAAUAAACCCUCUUGUAAACAGAAAUUAUUUGAACUAGAGGGUUUCUAAUUUUGUCGUCUUUCCUAGCCAACUGUUGUUGCGGUCUCGCACGCAACGCGCUAUUGAAGCGCAAUUUUCUAUUGAAGUAAUAACUUAUUAUUAACCUCUCCCCGAAAAAAAAAGGAAAGUGCUUCCAGUUUAAGUAGCUGUUGGUAAAGGAGAGAUCACGUUGCGUGAACGAUACAGCGCGCGCGUGAUGAUAGCAAACAACAGCUACAGGUAUCACAUUAAGUGCUUUUAAACAGAGUCCACUGACGUGCGGCUUUCAGCAAAGGUCGAACAAUACCAUAUACUAACCAUGCAAAACUAACUUUAACCGCUGUUCCGUGUAAAUGCAGCUUGCUUACAACUUGGCUUGAAAUAGUUAUUUCUAACUUAACUUUCCAGAUCUAGAAUCAUGCUAACAAAGCUUUAAAAUCAUUACAAUUGCAUUUAACUAACUUAUAAUACUAGAAACAUAACAACGGAAAUUGUAAUCGUGCUCUCUUCAUCUUUAAUGAAUAAAGUUUUAUUUUAAAUUCCAAGAAAUUAUGCUACUGGUCAUCAUCGCUAUUAUCCACUAAUGGUCCGCUCUAAUGAAUUAGUACGUCGUAUCAUUUGGCUGUUUCUUUCCUUAUAUUCUUUUCUCUCUUUUCGUUAUCUAGGCUCAUUCAACAUUUGAUAGAAAAGGCUCUUCAUUCAAUGAGGUACCUCGCAGAUACAUUUAGACUAUGUACAUUUCAUCUCUAGUCUGAAAGUCUCACUUAAAUUUCUGUUUUCGCGUCACAUUAAGGCACCUUUAUUGACCUUAUUUUAUUAUGUAUAUCUGAUAUUCUGAUAUUUUUUCUACUUUUUCUGACUAAACGCAGAUUUUGAUUACUUUUUAUUGUAACCUAAUAAUACUCUUUUGGCUGACUCGUUCCCAGUCGUCACCAAAAUGCGCGCGGCAAUGAAGAGGGGUAGAUAGGGGUGACGGGAAAAAAAGAAGGAAAAUCACCUUCUCCUCUACCCAUUAUACAUUGCUGCCCCAUCAUGCCCGUGUUGGUCGCCUCCCCUUUGAAAAACAACUUGAGACAUAUCAUUUCACCUUCCUCAUCUUUGACUUUAAAACAAGCUUUAAAAUUUGAAUAACUCAAAUAUCAAUCGAUAAGGAUCUCACAUCAAAUAAUUCGUGUCAAUGUCCUUAUGUAAGCAACUACGCACCUAUCCCUCCCCUAACCCAACAAAAUUGGCGAGACCUUCCGGUAUUUAUCCACACAUGUGCGUGAGCACUUGGUCAGUGAUAGGACCUCUCUCAUUUUUAAACAUUUACACAAUUCUUCACAAUGUCACACUCUAUGUUCUGAUGAGUGUUUUAGUAUCUUAGAUCACGCUUCCACAACUUUCCAACUUAAAAUCAAAGAAGUUAUCCAUAUUCAAUGGGAGAAACCCACACUUACUCAUCGACCAUAUCAUGUUAAUUUACUGCUACUGUUGUUUGUUUUGUCCAAUCAGCAUUUUGUUAUACACUUUGAACUCGAUUCUGUACUUUUUAAAAAUCAGAACUUGAGAUGACCGAAGAACUGUCGAAACAUAUGUUUAAAAAGUGUCGUUUAUUUUCUUAAAUUCGUUACAAUAAAAUGCAAUUUUAAAGGUAACGAAAUUAACUGGUAAGCGAAAAGGUUUAAAAUUUAGUCCAUCAGGGUGAAACAUUUCUAAACAUGGAUGAAGUCAGUUGCUUUCUGUAAACUAACAGACACUUUUUCUUAAUCAACAGGGUUUUCUUAUUCAACUUCUUAAAUGCGGGCGCCUUCUCCGACUCUUUCGCGUGGUGCGUAAGCUUCACCGCUACACUGAAUACAGUGCCAUACUACUGACUCUUCUAAUGAUAGCAUUUGCGAUGAUGGCUCAUUGGCUUGCCUGUAUCUGGUAUGUGAUUGGUCUAUCUGAAGUCUUAGAAAAUUCAACAGUAAGUUGGCUGUAUGCGCUUGGCGAGACAAUCAACAAACCGUACGUGAACUUUACGGCAGAGACUGGACCCGACGAAGGGUCCGCUUACAUCACCGCUUUGUAUUUUACGCUGACCAGUAUGACAACGGUAGGAUUUGGUAACGUGGCAGCAAACACGAAUGGCGAAAAAGUGUUUGCUGUUGUUACAAUGCUGAUUGGAGGUUCGUUUUAAUAUUUUUAAUAUUGUUCUACUUCAUAAGAGUUUUGUAAUUGCGGCAACCGAGUAUAGCCAUGAAAACGAGGCAAGCUUGAGGAAUGAUAAGCACUGGAAAUAAGGAGUACGGAUCCCAGUCCCCUCGUUAGUUUUCUUUACUCAUCCACCUUUCCCUCGUCCUUACUAACCAAGACACGGGAAUUUGUAGAAUACAAGCAGUCCUUCCAUUUCGGCGAAGUCCGUCGCACGAUUAAAAAAAAAUGAUGUUAGCGCGCCGCGGAAAGCUCUCGAGGAACUCCUGGAGUGGCGUCGAUGCGCCGCGGGAGCCCAUGAGGGCGGCUGGAGCUCCUGCGGCGCAUCAAAGUCACUCCACAUCAAAGUCACUCCAAGAGCUCCUCGCGGCGUGCUAACAUCAAUUUUUUUCACUGAUUUUUUUUUAACUCGCGCGACUGCUCGUAGCCUUGGGAAUAUGCGACUGCCGUAAGCACUCGCUGCCUGCAAAAUAGGAAAUGGUUAAUUCACUAUCUAUUAGUGUAGGUAACCAUGAUCAAACUAUUUCAAGCAUUUUGGGAUGAAAACGUACCGCACGAGAAGGUCUACCUUUUUUCAAAGGCUAAAGUAUCGCACAAGUUUGUAAGGCGAGCGAAGUUUAUUACCUUUGAAAAAGUUAGACCGCUUGUAAGUAACACGCAGUUGAUUUUCAAUUUUUUGCAUUCAAUUUGUAAAUUUCUGCACUGUUUGUAAUGCAUUGAUAUGCUCAAAGCCAAUAGGCAAGCUGAAAUGUUGCGUGCAUGUUAUUACUAACAACGCGAGAAGCCGAUGUUGCUUUCCCGUCAGAAAACUGCAUUCAAGUUCUAAAAGCGAACGAUUUAUCGUUUGAACAAAUUGGAUGGGGUUUAAAAUAGAAUAAAAUCAAUAAACUUAAAACUAGUGAACUUAGAGACCUCGCAUAAGACACACAACCACAAUACAUCUCUUUAAAUUGCGUUGAGAAUGAUUGUCCCUCUGCACAGCGCAGAACUAUAAACCUUCAGCUGUGAUUACUCAUAAAUAAACAAUGACUUCUUUAAAUCUCUUUACAGCAUUGAUGCAUGCCGCUAUAUUUGGAAAUGUAGCCGCUAUCAUUCAAAAGUUAUACGCCAACCGAGUUCGCUACCAUUCCCGCGCGAACGAAAUCAAACAGUUUAUCAGAGUACACAGAAUUGAUCAAGAUUUAGCUAAUAGGCUUGAAGAUUAUUUCCACACUACAUGGUCUCUUUCUGGAGGUGUCGACACCAGCGAGGUAUGUAAAGAAUGUUCAAAAACCUAGAGCAGUCAUAGUGUCACAUCAUAAUUUUAUUCUCAUAAUUGAAUAAAAUGUUUUUGUUCUUGAAAUUCAGAUUGCGGAAACCGUACAAAUGCGUAGCAAAGCCAAUUUUAUGAACGUUGCUUCUAAAAACUAUGCAACUAAUCCACUAUCGCGGUGAUGAUUACAAGGAUUUUAAAGUCGCUUGCAUGUCUUAUAUCUUCAUACGAUUAAGAGCAUAGCUCACAAUUUGUAGCCUGUUUUAGAAAAAUAAUUAGUAAAACGAAGCACAAUGUGGGUCCAAACCUCUCGUUUUUCGCUCGGAUUUUGCACCGUUUUACUGCUGGACGUCUGGAAUACGCCAACCAUUUCAGACUCUAAAGGACCUACUUUUAAAGUGUUACUUUUUUGUCUGAUACCCCUGCUUUCGUGCUUGUAUAUCUUUUAGCUGGGUUUGAAAUCAAUAUCUAUUUUUGAUGAAAAAACAAAGUUAACCUUGAGAGUUUUCUGCUGAUUCUUCUCAGAUUCUCACCACGUUUCCGGAGGAACUCCAGUCAGACGUGUGCAUGCAUUUGUACAAAGGCCUAUUGGAGCUCAGCCCCUUUAACCUGGCCCCACGCGGCUGUCUUAAAAUGCUCUCGCCCCAGGUCCGCACGGUUUAUAUUGGGCCAGGCGAGGUGCUUUUGGCUCAAAAUGAUGUCAUCAACUCCAUUUAUUACAUCGCUAAUGGGUCAAUGGAGGUGUUACAAGGGGAAUCUGUGGCAGCCAUUCUUGGUAAGUGUUACAAUGCUUUGUAAGUGCUGCUAGCAAAUACACGAAAACGUUGUUAAAUUUCGAUUAGCAAAUGGUUAAGAACUUUGUUAGCCAAAGGCAUACCCAAAAAAAAAAAAUAAGCAAAACCAACUCUGCACAGCUAUAAUCCUCUAACCAAUGUGUUUUCGUCAUUUAGGAAAAGGAGAUCUUUUUGGCGAAGACAUUUCACGGAGAACUCCCGCAAAGAGAGCUAAUGGUGAUGUCAGGGCCCUGACUUAUUGUGACGUGUACUUCAUCACACGUGAUCGCUUGCAGAAUGUUUUGCAUUUUUAUCAAGACUUUGCUUUUAAGUUCUCCGAGAAUCUUGAGCUCACGUACGACCUGGGAGCAAGUGAGGUAAUGGUUGAACAAAAUGUGUCGUUCUAAAACCAAACGUGAGUUGAUUGCACGCAGUUUUGUUUGCUUGAUUUUAAAAUAAGUUUUGAUUGGCUCCUUGUAACUGUAUCACUCGUUCUGAUUGAAUGCUGUGACGGCUUUGGUUUUGGUUUUAGAACAAUUUUCUAUUAAGCGUCAAAAGUAAUCCGGGAUUGCUUUGGUUUUGCUUUACCUUGCUCUGUGAUUGGUCCAGAAAAUUCGCACCACUCUCUCAACCAAUCAGACGCAAAUCUAACACCAAUUGCCUACGUUUUCCCGCCCUUUUAGCAGCUUGCUUGUUUUUAACUCGAGUUCUCGAGUUCUCAUUGGCUUUUCAGAAUAUUUUCCUUUCUUCUGAUUGGCCGUUGUAAUUACUUUGGUAUUGAUUUUACGACACUCAAUCUAAGAGCAAUCUAAAUGAGGUGUGAAGCGGUUUGAGCGUUAGAAAUAUUGUACUUAUAAUGCAAAAUGUCCCUGACCUUUUGCUCGAAAAUGAUUCUUAAGAACCCAUCAAUCUUUGUUGCCGGUGUCUCGGAGGAUUUUUUGAGGAGGAUAACGUGGUUCUCCGGGGUAACGGAGUGGAGAUCAGAAAAAGGAUUGGUAAUAGGGGAAUCAUAUUAUGAAAAAUGCAGAGACUUAUGAAGGAAGCAGGUAAAUAUUAUUGUGAGACAACCAAACCCUCCGUGCGCCCCUCUCCCCUAUCCCCCACAGAAGAGAGAUAAUAACCGUUCAUUUAUUUUUCGGAGACUUGAUAGCACCGGCCAAUCCAAACGAAUUGUUGCACGCCAUGCUGAAAGUUCUUGCGGUUCGUUUUUCAACACUGUUGUACAAGUCAAUGUUUGAGUGCGACACAGAUAUUUCUGAUUUUUGAUCCCCAUCGAUCUAACAAUGAUGCAAUUUCUUGUUUUUUGUGUACAGCGCGAUAUUUGGCGAAGGGGAGGCCUGGACUCGAUUUCAGAAGACGAAGAAGAAGACGAUGAAGAAACGGAGACUAACGCACUUGAUGGCGUGUUUAAUCAUGUGAACCACACCAAUCAUUCAAAAAAUUCCUAUAGCAACGCAACUCGGUUCAACAGAAGGCCUGGAAACACGUUGAAUCUGUAUAGAAAACCUAACCACUUAAAGCUUUCAGAAUCAUGGACUGGACUAAUGAAAAACAACUCAUCGGAAUUGAGAAACCGAUCGAAUCACGUCGAUAAACGACCGUUAUGUAUCUCAUCUCCUGAAGACGAAACAUCAAGACCUCAAUCUCCGCGAUCCCUUGUGCGUCAGCUCGCUGUGGAAGUGAAUGCUGGCUCAAUAAAUAAUAAUGCAUUGGACUUUUCUCCUGAAGAGAAAUCUUCGAGUGAACCGUUUACCGAUCGAAGUCUUGAGUGGGAUCAAGAGAAUUUCUCAUUAAAAAAUGAAGCAAAUUCACCGAAUAGUGAAAAGGAUGGAGGCCAGUGUCUCGAAAUGACGAAAGUGGAGACAAAAAGUUCGGCGAGUUUAAUGGGAGAAAUUGAUGAAGAAGAAGAAAAUGAUGAACGUGACAAACUUCUUUUACGACACUCGUUCUCUGAAGAUGAAUCCAUCGACGCAAAUUCACAUGCGAGUGAUUCCCCUGUGUUGUCAAGAAGAUUCAGCCAAGACUUUUCCACGCAUCUUUCAUUGGGCUGCGAGGGGAUCGAUGCUUCCUCACUGUUCGCAAACGGAGAUCAAAAAGCUGCUGAAAAGGACGAAGACACUAGUAAUUAUUAUCCGAAAAGAAUAACCGAAGAGGACGACAACGAUUGCUAUCCAAGAAGAAUAACUAUGGCAGAAGACAAUCUGUGCAGGUUAAAUGACAGUAUUGGUGACAUAAGGAAGAGUUUAUAUGAUGAUGUUUUCGACAGUUCUAGUGAUCUCCACAAUACAGACACUCCGAUAGGUUUAUUUGACAAUGGUAUUGGAGACACUGUGGGAGGCUCAUACGACGAUGUUGAUGGUAACUGUUUCUCUGAUUUGGAUACCUCGUCUAGUAUAACCAGACCUCCUCGUUAUAUUUCGUCACCAACUUUCAGCAACCGACACAGGAAUUCUGGUCAAAGUACGAUUACUUCACCUGUGGAGAGUGUGCGCGGAAGUUGUAGAAGUGGCCUCUCUGAGCUCCCAUUCAGAGGGAGCUUCACGGAUGGUCCUAACAGUCCAUAUGGAGAACCAAGGGGAUUUUCAUUCUCUCCUUACUGUGAAGGCGCUCGAGCGAGCCGUCAAAAUUCUGCUGAAAGUUCAAGGAAUUCUAUCCAGUCGCGUGGAUUUGAAACACAAAAUAGUCCGCGAAAUAAGCUAAUGAGUGUUGUUUCUGGUUUUAGGGCACCAAGUCCUUAUGGCGGAAGCCUUAAAGACGGACAAACGGCUUCUCGCCCAAAGCGCGGUCGAAAUGGGGGCUUAAGGCGCACUUUAACUGAAUUCUAUUCGCCAACCAAUUCCAACAGUUCUCUUAAUGAGAAACCAGCACCACCAGGGAGGAGGAGGAAAGUUUCCGGGGCUAUUAAACCCCCUGCGAUAUUUGCACCGCUUGUUACAAACGUAAGCAGCCCUUAUAAGGACUUUGUACCACCUGUGCGGGAGUCUGCGAUCACGUGUGAUUGUGAGGCCCCGCAUGCGCAUGACACGACAUGUGAGAAUCGACAAUUGAGCCCAAACAGUGAAAAAGAUGGCUGUGAAGAAAGGAAAAGUGACCAUUUUGACACAGAUAAUUCUGAAGAUAGAGGAAAGGACUUCUUCGGAGACGCUGGAAAUCUGAUCGCCGAGAAACAACUCAGACGCCUUAGUGGCAGAGAUAACGAUCGUCUUUUGAGGGAAAAUUUGCCCAUGUCUAGAUCAACAUUAUCCUCUCAAGCAUCGAUGACCAAAAGAGAACUCGAAAGCGAUCCUUCCCAGAAAAUUGAUGACUCAUCAAUUGAAUGCAAUUCCGUUAAAGAGAUUGAUGACGACUUCGAACGAAGGUUCUCGAUCUCGUCCUAUUCAAACACUAAUCACCGACCCAGUCUCUCUGGGGCUUAUUCUACCGAGUGCAUCGAAAAGGAAGAGAUCCCGGAGAGCGAUGAGCAGGGGCAACUAUUUCGGCCUAUGCGAUCCAGCUUCUCAGAACCGCACUUAAGUCUAAGAACUCCUGUGCUAGAAGGAAUUGCAGAGCACAGAUUUUCCGAAGAGGAGCUACAGAUAGAUGAAAACAGCAUGGAGACCCAGGAUACACAUACAAGAAACCUAGAGGAAAUUUUUAAAGACGUUUGCAGCACCAAAGAAGCCAUAGAAAAAUUGGAGUUGAUUUUGAGCUCAUCUGAAACAGAUACCCAAACAGAUCUCGCGGACACGAAACAGACAGUUAAAAAACUAGAUAAACAGGUUUUGAAUCUAAAUAAAGAGGUGGAAUCUCUUAGCAGCGACGUAAAGAUGAUUUUGAAACUCCUAAAAAGCAUGAAGAAUGGCGAAGUUGUUGCUUAAUGCGAUACAAAUUGAAAAUAAAAGUAUAAAACCAUAGUGUUCGUGAAAGCUUCACGAAAGCACAAACAUGUGUACAUAAAGAGAUGUAAUUUUGUAAAAAGUCAACCAACAGAGAACAUUGCAAUAUACCUCUACUCGUUCCACUUUGACCAGAGGUUCUUAAUGCCAUUCAGGUGACGUCAUACUCUAAACUAAGGUUCUCCUUAGUCAUGGGCGCAUGACGUCAAUUUCACCACAUUGGUGUACCUGAACAAUACACGUCGGCCAUAUUGGUGUACAAAAUCUUUUCUGUGGAAGUUCAAUACUCAAUUAUGCCGUCGGUCUCGCUGACGCGGGAAGAACUUACAAAAUGAUCCAAAUUUUAUAGAUAUGUAUAUUUUUCCAUAAACUCGUAAAUAGCAUUCAACAAUGAUAUUUUUAUGUGUACAUGCGAGGAAUGUAUUGAAAAAGUCUGGUUGGAAUAAAAUGAGUAAUGAAUUAACA